GCAGCACAGCAAAUAAUUGAACUUCAAGAAGCAGCCCAAAUAAAUGCAGGAUUGCAACCAACUAAUCUGGGGAGGAACAAUAGCUUACAUGAUAUGAAGACUGUGGUAAAGACCUGGAGGAACAGGUUACCUAUUGUGUCAGAUGAUUUAUCCCACUGGAGCAGCAUUUUCAUGUGGAGACAACAUCAUUACCAGGCCAUUGUAACUGCGUAUGAAAAUAGUUCUCAGCACGAUCCUAGUUCCAACAACGCUAUGUUGGGUGUUCAUGCUUCUGCCUCAGCAAUUAUCCAGUAUGGGAAGAUAGCGCGAAAACAAGGACUGGUGAACGUAGCUCUGGAUAUACUGAGUCGCAUUCAUACCAUUCCGACUGUGCCCAUCGUGGACUGCUUCCAGAAGAUUCGCCAGCAGGUUAAAUGUUAUCUUCAGCUGGCUGGAGUCAUGGGCAAAAAUGAAUGCAUGCAGGGUCUUGAAGUUAUUGAAUCAACCAAUCUGAAGUACUUCACCAAGGAGAUGACUGCUGAGUUUUAUGCAUUGAAGGGAAUGUUCUUGGCACAGAUUAACAAGUCUGAAGAAGCAAAUAAAGCUUUUUCUGCAGCUGUGCAAAUGCACGAUGUGCUAGUGAAAGCGUGGGCAAUGUGGGGGGAUUACCUGGAGAAUAUCUUUGUGAAAGAACGUCAGCUUCACCUAGGUGUGUCUGCUAUUACUUGCUACCUGCACGCGUGUCGUCAUCAGAAUGAGAGCAAAUCAAGAAAAUACUUAGCAAAGGUUCUUUGGCUGCUGAGUUUUGAUGAUGAUAAAAACACCUUGGCAGAUGCAGUAGACAAGUAUUGUAUCGGCGUCCCACCCAUUCAGUGGUUGGCCUGGAUCCCGCAGCUGCUGACAUGCCUGGUUGGCUCAGAGGGCAAACUCCUCCUGAACCUCAUUAGUCAGGUGGGAAGAGUCUAUCCCCAAGCUGUCUACUUCCCUAUCAGAACCCUCUAUUUGACCUUGAAGAUAGAACAACGAGAGCGCUACAAAAGCGAUUCUGGGCAACAACAGCCAAGUUCAGUUGGAAACCAGUCCCACUCUGCCUCUGAUCCUGGGCCAAUCAGAGCCACUGCACCGAUGUGGCGAUGCAGCAGAAUUAUGCAUAUGCAGCGAGAAUUACAUCCAACACUUUUGUCUUCUCUGGAAGGCAUUGUAGAUCAGAUGGUCUGGUUCAGAGAGAAUUGGCAUGAAGAGGUUCUUAGACAGCUGCAGCAAGGCUUGGCGAAGUGCUAUUCCGUUGCUUUUGAGAAAAGUGGAGCCGUUUCAGAUGCCAAAAUCACUCCUCAUACACUAAAUUUUGUGAAGAAGUUAGUCAGCACUUUUGGAGUAGGUCUUGAGAAUGUCUCUAAUGUGUCCACCAUGUUUUCUAGUGCAGCCUCAGAGUCGCUAGCUAGGAGAGCACAAGCAACAGCUCAGGAUCCUGUGUUCCAGAAGUUAAAAGGGCAAUUUACCACAGAUUUUGACUUCAGUGUACCAGGGUCAAUGAAACUUCACAAUCUUAUCUCUAAACUGAAGAAAUGGAUCAAAAUUCUGGAGGCAAAAACGAAACAGCUUCCAAAGUUCUUCCUUAUAGAGGAAAAGUGCCGCUUUCUAAGUAAUUUUUCAGCUCAAACUGCAGAAGUAGAAAUACCUGGAGAAUUCCUUAUGCCAAAGCCAACACAUUACUACAUCAAGAUAGCAAGGUUUAUGCCUAGGGUGGAGAUAGUUCAGAAACACAAUACUGCAGCUAGAAGACUCUAUAUCCGAGGCCAUAAUGGAAAGAUUUACCCAUACCUGGUAAUGAAUGAUGCUUGCCUGACAGAGUCUCGUAGAGAAGAGCGAGUAUUACAGCUGCUUCGCCUUCUGAACCCCUGCUUAGAGAAAAGGAAGGAAACCACAAAAAGACAUUUGUUUUUUACAGUCCCCCGUGUUGUAGCAGUUUCUCCACAGAUGCGUUUGGUUGAAGACAAUCCCUCUUCCCUCUCCCUGGUGGAGAUCUAUAAGCAGCGCUGUGCCAAGAAAGGCAUCGAGCAUGACAACCCUAUUUCUCGUUACUAUGACAGACUGGCAACCGUCCAAGCACGAGGGACUCAAGCUAGCCAUCAGGUUCUCAGAGAUAUACUUAAAGAAGUGCAGAGUAACAUGGUGCCGCGCAGUAUGCUGAAGGAGUGGGCUCUACACACCUUCCCCAAUGCCACGGACUACUGGACUUUUCGGAAGAUGUUCACCAUUCAGUUAGCCCUGAUUGGCUUUGCAGAAUUCAUCUUUCAUUUAAAUAGACUCAACCCUGAAAUGCUGCAGAUUGCCCAGGAUACUGGCAAGCUAAAUGUAGCUUACUUUCGCUUUGACAUUAACGAUGCUACUGGGGAUUUGGAUGCCAAUCGUCCAGUUCCUUUCCGGCUUACACCAAACAUUUCUGAAUUUCUCACCACCAUUGGGGUGUCUGGCCCACUGACUGCAUCCAUGAUUGCAGUAGCUCGCUGCUUUGCACAGCCAAACUUUAAGGUUGAUGGCAUCCUAAAAACCGUGCUACGGGAUGAAAUAAUUGCGUGGCACAAGAAAACACAAGAGGACACUUCCUCUCCACUCUCGGCAGCUGGGCAACCCGAAAAUAUGGACAGCCAGCAGCUGGUUUCACUGGUUCAAAAAGCUGUUACUGCUAUCAUGACUCGACUUCAUAAUCUCGCUCAGUUUGAAGGAGGAGAAAGCAAAGUCAACACUCUGGUAGCAGCUGCAAAUAGCUUGGAUAAUCUCUGUCGUAUGGAUCCUGCCUGGCACCCCUGGCUGUAACUUGAAAUUUUCAAUAGCUUUUUUUGCUGCUCUUUGUGGUGUGAGCCAUAUAUUGUGUUAAGAAAAUGUGAAAAAAGCUUUCCAGACCAUGGCGUACCUGUCACACUGCAUUUUGUCAGUCUUCAUUUUAGUUGUGUUUACAGUGAUAUGACAAUUUUCCUGUUCUUAAUUUCAUGAGGGGACAUUUCCUCCU